AUGGCAUUCGCUUUCAAGUUCGACAUUCCGCUUUCUGUCCGCUCGUUCGCUCCGUUUCCCAAACUCCCCACCGAGAUUCGACAGCAAAUUUGGGAGGAUGCCAUCUUUGAGCCUGGAAUGCAAUAUCUCCGCAUCGAUACGAAAGCCCGCUCUUUUGUAUCCCACGGGUCCGUAGCCCUUGGCCCCCCGGACAGCGAUGACGAGGAUGACGACGUUCUACCCGACUUUUCCCAGGAGAGACGCCAUGGCCCCCUUGUACCAGCAACGUUGAAGCCUCGAUUCGCGGCGCCUCGAGCCAACCUGUCCAACCACGUCUCCGUCAACCAAAUCAUGGCCACUCUUUCUGUCACUUGCUCCGAGGCAAGGUCCGUGGUUCAGCGUCUGGCCAGCCAUCCAAAAACUCUGAAGCUUGAUGACGGCCGUGCGAUAUCUCUGGGUGCCGCAGACGAUGUCGUUUUGUUGGAAUACAUUCCGUUGAAGUCAAUGGGAGCCGGCUGUCGCUUGGCUCUGAAUAUCAGCUGCGACCAGCUCGCCAACAUUCGUCGAGUCGCCGUCCAGUACUGUCCUCAGUGGGAAGGCGCGACAUCAGGCUACUACUGUCGACUAUGCGGGGAACAUCACUUUGGCAGCCGUAAGAGAACGUAUCCCCUUCACCUGUAUGAAUUCCUGGCUCGACACCUUCCAAAUCUCGAGGCUUUCUACUUCGUUGACUACAUGAUCCUGCGGAAACCUCGACCGGAGGACGAUGACGACUUCGAUAUACCCAUGGCUGAUUGCGACGACCCUCAACCGUGCCCGCGCGAUGGUGCCAGCAAAAGCACAGGCAGAUUGAAGGCUGCUGAUGAGGGGUCACCUCGAAGGUACAAGAGCGCGCGUCACCUGUUUGAGGAAGUGGACGAGGAUGAAUGGAUUGUCAGGGAUAAGGUUCUCGAUACGCUGUCCUGGGUCCGUAAGAGAUUCAACCAGUACGCCACACAAAGCAAGUUCAGCAAGCACAAACAUCCCAGCAAGGUCCGCUUCGGUGUCUUAGCUUGUGAAUGGAUCAAGAACAAGGAGGAAAAAUUGGUCUAUUCGACCACACGAACGGCGCAGAACAAAAGACGAAAGAUAUCGGAGCCGGUCGAAGCGAGCCGCAGUCGACCACCCCGAGGGACUCUCUCGACACACCACACAGGAGGGCGACUGCUUGCAGCGAACUUGCCUGUGCCCCUUCCUGUGCCUAUGCCCACGGAAGCAAGCUUCGUGUUCGGACAGAUGACGGAUUUUGAUUUCAGUUUCGGUGUUCAUCCUCAAUAG